GAUCCUACUGUGAAAGAAGUGACAUAUAUCCAAAAUUUGAAGAACUGUACGCACCUGUUAAAGGUCCGGAAAAUCCAAACUUAAAACAACAAAUGCGAGCGCCGCGCAACACUCUUUCAGGAUAUGUGAAAAAGGCGCACAUUAAUGCGUUUGAAUUUGAAAAUCAGCGACGCACAUUCCACACUUAUGGCUAUGCAUUGCAUCCCUCAGUCGACAUUGAAGGUUUCGCUGGUCCUUGGGGUAAAUAUCAAGAUGAACAAUCCAUAGCACGUCCAAAUGGUCAAGAAAAGGCAGAACUGGAGGAGAUUCCUGCCAAAAGACAUAGGCGCAAUCGCAUUGUUGAAGAUAAGCCAUUGGAGGAAAAAUCUGUUCUUCACAUCAAGGACGCCUACGAUUAUCAAGAUCGUUCUUACUUACAUGCUCCACAUGACUUUAAUAACCAAGUCAGUUUGCGUUCAACGUCCGCUUCAAACAAAUGUUUCUUACCAAAAUCACACAUUCACACUUGGACUGGGCACAAAAAGGGUAUUUCGUCAAUUCGGUGGUUCCCUCAAACAGCUCACUUACUGCUUUCGGGCUCAAUGGAUUGCCGCGUGAAACUGUGGGAAGUGUUCGGCGAGCGACGUUGCAUUCGUACAUUCUCUGGACAUAGGCAGGCGAUCAAGGACAUAGCUUGGAACAAUAAAGGCACCAAAUUUCUCUCCGUUUCCUAUGAUCGUUAUAUAAAAAUGUGGGAUGCCGAAACUGGUGAGGUUAUAUCACGUUUCACAGCCCGCAAGAUGCCCUUCUGCGACAAGUUCCAUACGGACAACAAGAAGCGACAUCUCUUUGUUGCUGGCACAUCUGGUAAGAAAAUUAUUUGCUGGGACACACGCAGCGGAGAUAUUGUUCAGGAAUAUGAUCGCCACUUGGGUGCAGUAAACACAAUUACAUUUGUCGAUGAAAAUCGACGUUUUGUUACUACCUCUGACGACAAAUCGAUGCGUAUUUGGGAAUGGGAUAUACCAGUCGAUAUGAAGUACAUAGCCGAUCCCACCAUGCAUUCCAUGCCGGCAGUGACGCUUUCACCGAAUUGCAAAUGGCUGGCGUGUCAGUCUUUAGAUAAUAAAAUCGUGAUAUUCUCUGCGUUAAACCGUUUUAAAAUGAAUCGUAAGACCUUCAGUGGACAUAUGGUUUCGGGUUACGCCUGUCAGCUAGAUUUUUCGCCCGACAUGAGUUAUUUAGUUAGCGGAGAUGGAGACGGUAAAUGCUAUAUAUGUACAUAUAUAUAAAUGUACAAGAAAUCGCAAACGCAUGAGGGUGUGUGUAUAAGCGCAAUAUGUCUUUU